GACAGGUUCCCUCUCCUCUUUGCUGAUACUGUCAGUGUCAGGUUUUUAAAGGAUUUUCUUGCGGUGAACAACGUGACAGGGUGCACAUCGAGAAGCCAAGAGCGUAUUUCCAAAAGAACCUGAACCUAACCUGAUUACUAAUCCUAAUAGUAUAAAACAAAUGUGUGAUGUCUUUUGGGAAACCCUUGAAUGUAAUAACAAAACCACCCUACUAAUUAACGGGAUCUAACAUUACCUUUUCACCCUACCUUAUACCACAAAUACAAACCAUACCUGAUCUGGUGAAAUUGGCACCCUACGGAGUCAGAAAACCAAGAAUCACAACAGAAGAAGAAGAAGAAGAUAAAUCAUGAUGAAUCAAAUGAAUAUACCUAAUUGUUCGUCGUUUAUCACACCACACGACGAUGAAGGGCAAGACUUGGGUGAUAUACCACUAAUCAGACAAAUUGACAAUAUCAGAAUACUCCCAAAAUACUCUUCAGUUCUAUCAAAAUCAGGAGAUGAUAGGGUCUGUAUGGAUGAUUUGGAUCAAUUACAAUUCGAUUUAGAAAAACUUUGUUCUACUUGUACUGUAAGAAUAAGAUAUUUGUUGUCAGAAAUCGGAGAAGCAGACAGAAACAUUGAAGGGUCUGAUCAUACUGUCCAUGAGAAGAAAUCCUUCAAAAGAAAACUUGCAGAAGAAAUUCUCAUGAACCCAGACUUCAGGAAAAAAAUGUCUGAAAAUGAAAAUUCAAUGGUGGAAACCUUUUUUACACCUUUAACUCAAAGACUUUUGGCAGCUUUAAUUGAAGAGAAAGUGGUGACUAACCAUUCAACAAAUGGAGAAAGUGCACCUCCUGUAUCUAAUAAUCUGAAAUUAUCAGAAUCCACAAAACUGAAGACAUCAACUGGAGGUCAAAAAGUUCCAUGCAUUGAUAGGAGAUUGAAAAAAAAACUUAUGAAACAGGGUAUAAUCUCUAUGGAUGACUUGUCUAAGACUUGGCAGGAUCUCAAGAAGAAUACUAAGAAGAAAACAAGUGAGAUGAAAAAGUAUGCAAGAGGUACUGGUGGUGGUCCUUCUGUUCCACCUUUGAAAACUAUCACAGAAGAUGAUGAGAACAUAUUGAAACUGCUAGAACCAACAGCUGUAGAUGGGGAUCAUUUAGUGCAGGAAUCUGUUGUUCUAUUUGAUCAUGAUUAUGAUUAUACCAUCAAUAAAGAUGAUAUGGUCUCUGAAAUUACAGAGGAAGUAGCCACAGAAAAUGAGAUCAUGCAGGAUCAAGAAAAUUUGGAUUCAAAUCAGAUUAAUAAAACAAACACUAAUAAAAAGUGUAAGAGAGUGGUUGCAGCCAAGAGACUCUCAGAAUCAUUGAAAACGAGCCAGAAUAUUUCAAGGAUUCCGGAGAAAAAAGUUUCCUCCAAAGAUAAAUAUUAUUCACAAAAAAUAGACCUCUACACUAGAGAUGUAGAAGCCAAGGAAAGGAUAGCCAAGGCCCUAGAAACCAUUGUAGAAAAAAAUAUUAAUAUUUUUUAAUUUGGAUGUGGUAGGGAUUUAUGUCUGGAAUGCAUAAUGUUUGUUUGACAGAUUGUCUUAUUUGUACCUGAAUAAAAGGUUUUUUUUUUUUGUUAGCAGGUUGUUCUUGGACAACUUUUUGUUGACUGAAUGUCUAUAUUGUAACUGAAUAAAUAUUUAUUUAAUUCUCUUUGAAUUUCCUAUC